ACUUUUUCUCAGCAUUCCAUAUUAUUAUGUUUACAGUAAUCAUACUUCAUAAUUGUUGUCAAGUAGAGAGCAAAUCACAAGAUAGCUGCCCACUAGAAUUUAAGUGUGGAAACAUCUCACAAGUAAGUUUUCCUUUCUCGAAAAAGUCACAUCCUGAUUGCGGAUUUUUGAUUUUAGAUUGUGAUGCUAAACCAUCUCCCACGCUUGUGGUUGGAAAUGAUAGAUAUGAGGUUUUACAAAUGGGAAAUGAUUUUACCAAAUUUUUUGAUCCACUUCUGAAUAAGUACAUACAAAAUCGAAGUUGUGACACAUUCAGUAGGAAUUUGUCAUUUCCAAAUACUCCUUUGAUUUCAUCUCAUGUUCUUUACCAAAACCAUAUCCUGUUUAGAUGCGAAGAAAGUUUGGAAAAUAAUCGGUAUUUCAGUGGGUAUGAACGUUACAAUAAGUGUAAAAACUUUACUAUAUUCUAUAAGAAAAAUGGUAGCAAUAUAGUAGGUAGCAAAUAUCCCAUCGAUUGCUCACCCAUUCAAUUGCCAUUUAAACAUUUCAAUACAAGCAAUGAGGACUUGUUUCAGAAGUUAAGUCCUUGGUUCAGUCUAACCUGGAAUGUGACUGAAAGUUGUUUGGGUUGUCACUACAAAGGUGGUCGAUGUUUAGUUGACAACAGUAACAAUUUUCAAUGCUCUAAAGGAAAAAAUAAGCACAAGAUUAUUGAAAUAGCAGUUCUGGGCAGCAUUGCUUUCAUUUCUGUAAGUUUGGUGACCGUCAUGUGUGUUAUCCGGCGUCGCAAGAAGGGACUUAGAGGUUAUUCACAUUUCUCAACCAAAAAUCGGGAGGGUAUAGAGAUGGGGGUUCCGGUAUUUUCCUACUCAGAACUUGUGAAAGCCACAAAUGGUUUCGAUUCUUCCAAGGAGCUUGGAGAUGGAGGCUUCGGGACCGUUUAUCAUGGUAAGCUCCGGGAUGGAAGAGAAGUUGCGGUGAAGCGCCUAUACGAGCACAAUUGCAAGAGAAUGGAACAGUUUAUCAAUGAAAUUGAAAUACUAACCGGCCUAAGGCACACCAAUCUAGUAACCCUCUAUGGUUGCUCAUCAAAAUCCAGCCGUGAACUCCUCCUUGUUUACGAAUACAUCUCCAAUGGAACACUCGCCGAUCACCUUCACGGUAAAAGAGCGAACGAAGGAUCACUCCCCUGGCCUAUCCGCCUCAACAUCGCAGUAGAAACAGCCAGCGCCUUAGCCUACCUCCAUGCUUCUGACAUAAUCCACCGCGAUGUGAAAACCGCUAACAUUCUCCUUGACCACAACUUCUCUGUGAAAGUGGCGGACUUUGGGCUUUCGAGACUUUUCCCGAGUAAUGUCACACACGUCUCAACUGCACCUCAAGGGACCCCGGGCUACGUUGACCCAGAGUACCACGAGUGCUAUCAGCUCACUGACAAGAGUGAUGUUUAUAGUUUUGGUGUGGUUCUUCUCGAGCUCAUAUCUUCCAUGCCUGCCGUGGAUAUGAGCAGGCACAAACAAGAGAUCAACUUGGCAAACUUUGCGAUGAACAAGAUCAUGAGGGGCUCUUACAACGAGCUGAUCGAUCCGUCUCUCGGGUUUGAGACAGACGAGGAGAUCAUGAGGAUGACUACUUCGGUAGCAGAGCUAGCUUUUGGUUGCAUUCAACAAGAGAAAGAUAUGAGGCCUACAAUGGAUGGUGUAGUAGAUGCAUUGAAGGAGAUUCGAGGUGGAGAGCAAAAAGGAGAGGAAAUUAUUCCACCACUAACAGAAUCAGACCAUGUUGUACUGUCCAAGAGUUUUAGAUUUCCGACUUCCCCAAUUUCUGUGACUGAUAAGUGGAUUAGUAGUUCUAGUACUACCAAUAGUAGCUGUUAAAAUUCUAAGAAAACCAUCUUUUCAGUCCAUCCAAACAAAUAGGAGAGUGGGUAAACUUUAGAGGAGUUCGUGAAGA